GCCGCAGAAUGUGUUUUAAACCUGACUAACAGGCUCACGCUACUUGAUAAAGCGCUGGCAGGCUUCACAGAUACUUCAUAAACUCAAAGUAGUCAGAAGACAGCAGCAAGUGGCCACCCAGAUCACUGCGGCGCGCAAAGAUGAGCUUUGACAAUUCAGUUUUCAAGGCCGUGGACUUGCACGGCAAGCUCAACCACAGCGAGCACCACACCAACGAGCUUCCCGAAGAGCCGCUGACCGUCCGCAGGGGGCAGGCCUUCAAGAUCACCUUGACCUUGGCCAAGCCUUUCAAGCAGGGCCUCGAUUCUCUCGUCCUCAAUGCCUCCACUGGGGGAAGUCACGCUUCGGAAGAGAAGGGCACCUCGUGUCGCUUCGGCAUCCCGGACCCAAUCGGUCGCAGGGAUUUGGCCAAAGGCGCCUGGACGGCCAGGGCGGACGUGAGCCGCUCGGCCGACAGCCUGCCGGUGCUGAUCACGGCCCCCGCCGACGCCCCUGUCGGCUGGUACACUUUGAAGGCCACCCUGUGGGGGGAGGACAAGACACUCGCCACGCUUGCACUGCUCUUCAAUCCCUGGUUCUCGGGAGACUCUGUGUUUUUGCCUGAUGAGCAGGAGAGAAAAGAAUAUGUGUUGAAUGAACAUGGACUCAUUUACAGAGGAAGUUCAAAUUACAUAACCGCUCUCAAAUGGGACUUUGGACACUUUGAAGACGACAUGGUGGAUAUUUGCCUCAGUGUCCUGGACAAAAACAUCAACUACAAAAGUGACCCUGGCAGUGACCUGGCCUCCCGUGGCGACCCGAGUUACGUGGGCCGCGUGCUCAGCGCUGUGAUCAACAGUCCGGACGAAUACGGGGUCCUGAUGGGCAACUGGUCAGAUUCCUUUGAGGGUGGCUUUUCGCCCUCCCACUGGAGCGGUAGCCAUGACAUUCUUACUGCGUGGAAGAAUAGUAACUACCGGUCAGUCAAGUAUGGCCAGUGCUGGGUCUUUGCCGGCGUUAUUUGUUCAGUCUUGCGUCUGCUGGGCAUUCCUACGCGUGUGGUCUCCAACUUCGUGUCGGCCCAUGACACCGAUGCCAGCCUUACCAUCGACGUCUACCACGCCGACGAAGGGGCCCCGCACAAAGAGUCUAACGACAGUAUCUGGAACUAUCACGUCUGGGUUGAAUCGUGGAUGAAGCGCCCUGACCUGGAGGCCAAUGGCAAAUAUGACGGCUGGCAGGUUCUGGAUGCCACGCCGCAGGAGUCCAGUGAUGGCUUAUACCAGUGCGGCCCCUCCUCCUUGGAGGCCAUCUUGAACGGCGAGACAGAGAUCUCGUACGACGUGCCCUUUGUCUUUGCGGAGGUCAACGCAGACUGCGUCGACUGGCUGACUAAGGCCGACGGCACCGAUGUGAAGCUAACCUCGGACACCAAGCGAGUUGGUAAGAGUAUCUCCACCAAGGCGGUGGGCUACGACAAGCGUCUGGACAUCACCAGCUCCUACAAGCACAGGGAAGGCUCAGAAGCGGAGCGUACCGUGUUCCAUUACGCCAUCAGUGAGGACAAAGAGAGCGACGGCGAGGACGAUUCUGCGGGGGGGCAACCUGAUGGGGGCUCCUCGCAACCCCCCCCACCACACCUCAUCAUACGCUUUGUUGAGAUGUUGGAACCGGAGUAUGGCAAGGAUGUGCGGCUGAAGCUGGUGCUGAGCAGCGAAAGCAGAGUGGAACGGAAGCUCAACAUCCGCAUCAGCGUGGACGGGAUGCACUACAACGGCACCUUUGUCGCCACCAUCCAGUCUGAAGACAAGGAAGAGACACUGCAACCGUCCCAAGAGCUGUCGGUGCCCAUCGUGAUCCCUGUGCGUUCGUACUACAAGCACAUGUUGCGCGCCGAUAGCUUGAAGGUGUCAGCCGUGGUGACGGACAAGCGGCAUCCUGACAAAAAGUACCUGGCAGAGGACGACGUGAUACUGCGUGAACCCCCCGUCCUGGUCUCUGUGACUGGGUUUGUCCGGCAACUCCAGUGGGCGUCGGGAGAGGUGAUCUUCAUGAACCCCCUGCAGGAGACCCUUACGGGCAUGACCCUGACCCUGUCGGGAAGCGGACUCAUGCGACAGGAGUUGAAAUACAACCUUCCCGACUUGGCUCCCAACAACCGCAUCCGCGUCAUGUUUGAGUUUCUCCCGUACAGGAGCGGCAUGAAGACGCUGGUGGCCGACAUCGACGCGUCCAUUUUUAAAGAUUUUAAGGGCAGCUGUGCAGUCAAUGUCAGACUGUGAAUUAUCCGCUUUGAAAAAAUAAAUAAUGUCUGCUCAA